UCAAAAAACCCCUAUCUGCUUAAAUAUCCAUUAAUUUGGUGCGGACCGCAACCAGCCAUUGCACCGCCGUCAAGAGUUACCGACGCUCCCGCUCAAUUUGUGCCGGCGACGACGGUUCUUUGAGAAUAUUUGGGGAAGAACUGGGAGGAGAACAAUGGGAAACAGGGAGCUUAUAUUAAGGGCUGAGGAGUUGGUGGAGUCAGCCAUGAGAGGUAACGAUGCGUCUCACGACGCUGCCCAUGCCUUUAGAGUGCGAGACCUCGCGCUUUCGCUCGCCCGUGAAGAGGAUAUCUCUGAUUCUCCCGAAUCCAUGCUCAUUGUCGAGUUGGCUGCACUUCUACAUGACAUUGGGGACUACAAAUACAUGAGAGAUCCAUCAGAUGGGAAGAUUGUUGAGGAGUUUCUUGUCAAAGAAGGAUUAGAUGCAAACAUUAGCACAAAGAUCUUAAGCAUCAUAAAGGGAAUGGGUUUCAAAGAGGAGGUUAGCGGACUUACAGGGACUAAUCAUGGUCCCGAAUUCGGAGUGGUGCAAGAUGCUGAUCGCCUCGAUGCUAUUGGUGCUAUAGGAAUUGCUCGUUGUUUAACAUUCGGAGGAAGCAGGAAUAGCAUCCUCCAUGAUCCCAAAAUUAAGCCUCGAACCGAUCUGUCAAAGGAGAAUUACAUGAGCAAGGAUCAGCAGACAACAAUUAACCAUUUUCACGAGAAGCUUCUCAAGCUCAAAGAGCUGAUGAAAACCAAGGCUGGCAAGAGAAGGGCAGAAAAACGACACAAAUUCAUGGAGGAGUUCCUCGAAGAAUUCUACGAAGAAUGGGACGGAAGGGCUUGAAGACAGCUCUUACUCUGAGGCAAUUAGUUUGCAUAUCAUAAUUUGAGAAGCGUAGAUCGUAGAGUAUAGCAAUGUUGGGUUCAAAAUAUCAAGCAGAAAGACUGAGUGGCAUCACAUGGGCAUACUGACAUGGCUGCAGAGGCUGAGGCAGAAGCAGAGACAGAGCACAUAAACAAUACUUACAAUGCGAUGCAUACACGGACAAAUAUACAAAAAGGCCAGCUUUCUUUCUCUCUCUCUCUCUCUCUCUCUCUCUCUAUCUUUCAAUUCUAUUUGAAAAGUACACUUUGCUUCACUGUUCACGUAGCUUUGGUUGGUGUAAUUAAUUGUUGCAAAAUCUUACCGAUGGGACAAUGCUGUAAUUCUCGUGAAAUUCUAUUUUCAGCAUAAGUGAAAACUUAACUAGUUUUACCCUGUC